UCGUCCCCUCGAGAAUUUAAAUUUGUUUUCUUUAGUAGAAUAUUGCUUUUGGCGGAUACCCCCAAAUUUGAUAAAAACAGCCACCACCACAUUUUAUUUAUGUAAAUUUAAAUUAACCCAGAAUUCAAUAUUUUAUUUGUCCAAGACAGCCGGAAUAAAAUUAAAAGAGAGCCCAUCAGGCACGCGCUCAGUUCUACGCGUGUAAAAUAACUCUCGGUAAUGAGUUGACGAAUGACGAAGGAACGCCAUAGAUAAGGCGCCAAGUCCACGACUCCUCCACUAUAUAUAUGGAUGCGGCUAUAUCGUUACUUUUAACGUGACGCCUGCGUUUUCUUUAAGAAAAUCUAAGGCAAAUCAGUAUUGUCAGUUUUAUUUUGCUCGCCUCUUCUAUAAGCAUCAAGUUCAAAGUUUGAAUCCAAUAUCGGUUUUGUUAUUGUUUUCUCUGAGCUUUAUUUUUGGAUAAUAAUGGCGAGCGAAGUGGAGAAGAAGGCGGUUUUCGAUAUAGAUUCCGCGAAGGAAGUGGUUCAGGAGUUGAGAGCUAGCUUCGUAGCGGGAAAGACGAAAGACUACGAAUGGAGAAGAACUCAGUUGAAAGCCAUGUUGAAAAUGAUGGACGAGAACGAGCCGCAAAUUGUCGCCGCUCUUCGCGACGAUCUUUCCAAGCCGGAACUCGAAUCCUCCAUCUACGAGAUAGCAAUGCUAAAGAACUCCUGUAAAUUGGCACUGAAAAAAAUGAAGCAUUGGAUGAUGCCAGAAAAGGCAAAAACUUCAUUGGCUACAUUUCCAUCAUCCGCUGAAAUAGUAUCUGAGCCAUUGGGUGUCGUGUUAGUAAUCUCAGCAUGGAACUAUCCUUUAUUGCUGUCUCUUGAUCCGGUUAUUGGAGCUAUUGCAGCUGGUAAUGCUAUAGUCUUAAAGCCAUCAGAAAUUUCUCCAGCCACUGCAUCAUUGCUUGCAAAGCUGGUAGCGAAUUACAUGGAUAGCUCUUGCAUAAAGGUUGUUGAAGGGGCUGUUCCUGAAACAACAGCACUACUCGAGCAAAAGUGGGACAAAAUAAUGUAUACAGGCAAUGGAAGAAUUGGACGCAUUGUGAUGGCAGCUGCUGCAAAGCACUUAACACCAGUUGUUUUGGAGCUUGGAGGAAAGUGUCCAGUUAUUGUUGAUUCAGGCAUCAAUUUACAGGUUGCAACUAGGCGGAUAAUUGCAGGCAAGUGGGGAUGUAAUAAUGGACAAGCCUGUAUUUCUCCCGACUACAUCAUUACAACAAAGGAUUAUGCUGUGGAGUUGGUAGAUUCUUUCAAAUGUGAAUUGGAGCGAUUUUAUGGCAAAAAUCCAUUGGAGUCAAAAGACUUGUCUCGCGUAGUGAAUUCUAAUCACUUUGCCCGUUUGCUAAAGCUUUUAGAUGAGGACAAGGUUUCAAGUAAGAUUGUCUAUGGAGGUGAAAGAGAUAAAUCGAACUUGAAGAUUGCUCCCACUAUCUUGCUUGAUGUCCCACAAGAUUCACUGAUCAUGAAUGAAGAGAUAUUUGGUCCACUGCUUCCAAUUAUCACGAUUGACAAAGUGGAAGACAGCUUUGAUCUGAUAAAUUCUGGAACAAAACCACUAGCAGCAUAUAUGUUUACCAAUAACAAGAAGCUGAAAGAGAAAUUUGUUGAAAAAGUCUCUGCAGGGGGUUUGGUUAUCAAUGAUACUACUGUACAUCUUGCUGAGCCCACUUUGCCAUUUGGAGGAGUCGGGGACAGCGGAAUGGGUGCCUACCAUGGGAAAUUCUCCUUUGACACUUUUAGCCAUAAGAAGGCUGUUCUUUAUAGAAGUUUUGCUGGUGAUGCACCUCUAAGAUACCCACCGUACACAAAUGGAAAGCUCAGGUUACUAAAGGCUCUUCUUGGUGGUAGCAUAUUAGGCAUAAUCCGUGCUUUGAUGGGAUGGUCUAAGGCUUAAAAGAGAAAACCUAUGUGGUUAUCUCUGUUGUAACUUUUUAUUAUUUUUUUCAUGUUAUGCAAUUUACUGAUUUCAAUAUAUUUUCAAGCAUGUAAGUCAGUUUAAAGACCACGGUUGUAUAGUUUUCUUUUUUCGCUUAAAAUCAAUGUGAUGUUCAUAAUGUAGGUAUCAUGAUUUGAGAAUCAUUUUAUAGGAAUGAAUUGGCACUGAUGCAGUUCAACAUUGUAAAAA